UAGGUAUUUGCAGUUUACUGAGUUGGUUUACAGUGGUUUUACUCUUUCAUCAAUGCAGCGGUCAAGGGCUCUUGCUGGGCUCUGCAACGGUUACAAGCAGGGAACUCGGUCAUACUCCACGAAGAGUCCAUUCGCAUCCUUUAUUUCAGAUGUAAAGGUUCCAGAGUCUGUAGCAACUUCGGUAGAAGAAACACGUCGGAAUGCCCCAAGACUCAGUUCAUUGGGAGACAUAGAAAUUCCUUCUAUCAUUCCCACAUCCACCACUUCUCUGUUUGCUGCACGUGCUGCUCAGAGGCAGAAGAGGCUUCAGGCUGAAGCCGCGCCCAAAGAGACCAAAGCAAAAGUUAUAGACACACCGAAGCCAAACUCACCUGCUUCAGGUUCUCUGCUAUCUAGAAAGUCUCACAGACCCCCGAAGGACGAGGAGAGACCUUCUAAUGAUGGGCCAUCGAACCCACAGACCUCUGUUCAUCGUCGUCCAACACGGCCCCUUCCUACGGGAACUAGGUCAGCACCAGCAGAAAUGCGCACAGACCGACGGAGGGAAGGCCCAAGAGUCGCAAAGCCAAGUCGUAUUGUCAAGCCACCAUCCCCCGUCAAGGAUGUCGAUCAAGUGGACACAUCUGAUUCCGCUCCGCCAGCAUUGCAUGUUAGCUUCAACAACACCGACUUGUCGGAGCUGUUCAGUUCACCUGCCCUCAUUCCUUAUAUCGCUCAGUCAUCAGUUGCCCAAUCACGCAUUGACUCUCGGGUGCAACUCUUGAAAGAACGCGCCGGCGAUUACUCGCGAUAUCUUUCAGGCAAAGUUGAACCUACAACACAGACGCAAGGGUCAGUGGAUUAUGCGAAGUUGAUUUUGGCUCGGAGGAGAGAAGUUGGUCUGAAGCCGAGGCGCGCCGCCGUGGAGCUCAUGCAGCAAGCAGGACUCAAUUCCACGUCAGUUUCUGCAACUUCGUUAUAACUUUGAUCAGCCAUUCGUUCAUAAUGAAAUUUUGUUCCAUCGAAUAGAGAAAAAAAAUGACCACUACUAGAUACAUGCCUGGGGACA